CGUUCCCAAAUACUGUACCCACGCACAACAGUGAUGCGCCUGGCCAAGCCCUGCGACACUGACCGGCUGUUCCUCGACAACUGCCGGAGCACAUUCCUUUGACCUGCUGUGUGUGUGUGUGCGCGUGUUUGUGGUUAGCGCGGCGUUACAGGAGACGGAGAAGAGGGCACACCGGCCAAACGUCCGUGAAGGGGGAGGAGACGAGCAGUGAGGACAGACGGCGGCCGCCAGCAGCAACGACCUCCCAUAUCAAUUCACCACUACCCCAACCGCCGCCGCCGCCGCCGGCAUGUCGCACGAGUAUGCGGUCGGCUCUCGCUGCUGGCAGCCUGACGCCGCCGACGGCUGGGUUGCCAGCACCGUCAAGCACAAGACCGUCGACGGCGACAAGGUCACUUUGGUCUUUGCCUAUGAUGAGCGCGAUGAUGUGCCCACGCCAGAGGACAAAACCAUUGAGACCACCCUGGACGAGCUAUCGAAAGAUGCCAUGAGCUCGACGUUACCGCCACUCAUGAACCCAGCGAUGCUCGAGGCCAGCGACGAUUUGACAAACCUGUCCCACUUGAACGAGCCUGCCGUGCUGCAGGCUAUCAAGCUGCGAUAUGCACAAAAGGAGAUAUACACCUACUCGGGCAUUGUCCUCAUCGCUACGAACCCGUUCGCACGAGUCGACUCGCUGUAUGUGCCGGGCAUGGUGCAAGUCUACGCAGGCAAGCACCGAGCCUCGCAAGCACCGCAUCUGUUCGCCAUAGCAGAAGAGUCCUUUGCGGACAUGCUGCGUAACGAGAAGAACCAGACCAUUGUGGUCUCCGGAGAGUCAGGAGCAGGUAAGACAGUCAGUGCCAAAUACAUCAUGCGCUACUUUGCUACACGAGAACCGCCCGAUCAGCCUGGCACUCGUAGUCGUGGUCGCGCAGACACUAUGAGUGAGACCGAGGAGCAGAUUCUCGCUACGAAUCCCAUCAUGGAAGCCUUCGGUAACGCGAAGACGACCCGAAACGACAACUCCUCGCGUUUCGGGAAGUACAUCGAGAUCAUGUUCAACAAAAAGACCGACAUCAUCGGCGCACGAAUACGGACGUACCUUCUCGAGCGAUCACGACUGGUGUUUCAACCGCUUAAGGAGCGGAACUACCACAUCUUCUACCAGCUCGUGGCGGGUGCAUCUGAAGAAGAGCGAGAACAACUGGGCUUAACGCCCGUGGAGCAUUUUGAUUACUUGAAUCAAGGCGGCGCCCCACGGAUCGAGGGUGUGGACGAUGCAAAAGACUUCAAGGAGACACGGCAAUCGCUUGACAGGCUUGGUGUCUCGAAAGAGGUGCAGACUUCAUUGUGGAGAAUACUAGCUGCACUGCUGCACAUUGGCAAUAUUAAGAUCACUGCCACUAGAACAGACUCGCAGCUAGCUGCUACCGAGCCAUCUCUAGCUAAAGCUUGCGAGCUGCUUGGGAUCAACGCCGAUGAGUUUGCAAAGUGGACAGUCAAGAAGCAAUUGGUCACACGAGGCGAGAAGAUCAUGUCCAACUUGACAGCACAGCAGGCGACCGUGGUCCGGGACUCGGUGGCCAAGUACAUCUACUCGUCUUUAUUCGACUGGCUGGUAGAGACCAUGAAUGGCUUCCUGGCGCCCGAGAAAGUCGUGGACCAAAUGGUGUCAUUCAUCGGUGUGCUGGAUAUCUACGGAUUCGAGCAUUUUGCAAAGAACAGCUUUGAACAGUUCUGCAUCAACUAUGCCAACGAGAAGCUGCAACAGGAAUUCAAUCAGCACGUCUUCAAGCUCGAGCAGGAAGAGUAUCUACGAGAACAGAUUGACUGGAAAUUCAUUGACUUCAGCGACAAUCAGCCUUGCAUCGACUUGAUCGAGGGCAAGCUGGGUAUUCUCGCUCUGCUGGACGAAGAGAGCAGACUGCCGAUGGGAUCCGAUGAAUCUUUCGUGAACAAACUACAUCACAACUUCUCGCAAGACAAGCACAAGUUCUACAAGAAGCCCCGCUUUGGGAAGAGUGCCUUCACUGUAUGCCAUUACGCGAUCGACGUGGCCUAUGAAAGUGAUGGUUUCAUCGAGAAGAAUAGGGAUACCGUGCCCGAUGAGCAUCUCGAGGUUCUGCGAGCGAGCUCCAACGACUUUUUGGUGGAGGUUUUGGAGUCUAGUGCGGCUGUUAGGGAGCGAGACACUGCUGCAAUUAACCCCAGCAAACCCAACAGUGCUGGCGUUGCGCGAAAGGGAGCCGCAUCUUCUCGCAAGCCCACUCUUGGAGGCAUAUUCAAGAGCUCGCUCAUUCAGCUGAUGGAAACCAUCAAUAACACGGAGGUUCAUUACAUUCGUUGUAUCAAGCCCAAUGAAGCCAAGGAGGCGUGGAAGUUUGAGGGACCGAUGGUUUUGAGCCAGCUUCGUGCUUGUGGUGUUCUGGAAACCGUUCGAAUCAGUUGCGCUGGGUAUCCCACACGAUGGACGUACGAAGAGUUUGCUCUGCGCUACUACAUGCUCAUUCCCUCGGCGCAGUGGACGACCGAGAUUCGGGAUAUGGCAAAUGCGAUUCUCAGGAAGGCUCUUGGUGAGGGUAAGAAGGACAAGACUGACAAAUAUCAGCUCGGUCUGACCAAGAUCUUCUUCCGGGCUGGCAUGCUUGCGUUCCUCGAAAAUCUGCGUACAACCAGAUUGAACGAUGCCGCAGUCAUGAUUCAAAAGAACCUACGCGCCAAGUAUUACCGCCGCCGCUAUCUUGAAUCAAUUGAUAGCAUCAAGACUUUUCAGGCCCAUGCAAGAGCAAACGUGGCGCGGAGAAAAGUUGAAGACAUCCGUCGUAACCACAGUGCGACCACGAUCCAACGGGUUUGGAGGGGACAGAAGGAGCGCAAACAGUACGUACAGCAGCGAAACAAUAUCAUCCGCUUCGAAGCGGCGGCAAAGGGCUGGUUAGCUCGAAAGAUGAUCCUGGACAAGAAGUACUCCGACGCGGCGACCAUCAUUCAGCGAAGCUGGAGAAGUCACAGACAGCUCAAGGGCUGGCACGACUAUCGCCGCAAGGUCACACUCGUGCAGAGCUUGUGGCGUGGUAAGACUGCUAGGAAGACUUACAAGAGUCUCCGAGAGGAGGCCAGAGAUCUUAAGCAGAUUUCGUACAAGUUGGAGAACAAGGUCGUCGAAAUCACACAGAACUUGGGCACGAUGCGAAAAGAGAACAAAGUGCUCAGGAGUCAAGUGGAGAAUCUGGAAGGCCAGGUCAAGAACUCGAGAGAAAGGUACAAUGCCUUGGAGCACAGGACGAACGAUCUACAACGAGAAGCGAAUCAGGCUGGCAUCACAUCCGCCAAGCUCGAACAGAUGGAGUCAGACAUGGCUCGCUUGCAAUUCAGCUACGAGGAGAGCACAGCGAAUAUGCGCCGCUUGCAGGAAGAGGAAAAGACUCUCCGCGAAAACUUGCGCAUCACGACACAAGAAUUGGAGUCAGCUAGAGCAGCCAAGACUGCGAGCGAGAGUGAAAAGCUUGGCUUGCGACAGCAGCUUGCAGAACUGCAAGAUCAGCUCGAACUUGCCAAAAGGGCGGUACCUGUCGGUAACGGCGACCUCACGAACGGUGUCUCUGCCGGUGCUGCGAGUGGUCUUAUCAACCUCGUGGCAUCGAAGAAGCCGAAGAGGAGAAGCGCCGGUCCUGAGACGAUUCAAACCGACAGGUUCAGCGGCACUUAUAAUCCGCGGCCAGUAUCGAUGGCGUUUGGUGCGACGGCUGGUGGGCAUACACAAAACCUUUCUGGCUCCACGUUCAAUCCUGGGCUGGAGAACGUGGAGAUGGAGCUGGAGAACUUGCUUGCUGAUGAAGAUGGGCUCAAUGACGAGGUCACAAUGGGUCUCAUCAGAAACCUGAAGAUCCCUGCGCCUGGAAGUAGCCCGCCUCCAACGGAUAAGGAGGUGCUCUUCCCGUCAUACCUCAUCAACUUGGUCACCAGCGAGAUGUGGAACAAUGGCUUUGUGAAGGAGUCUGAGCGCUUCUUGGCGAAUGUCAUGCAGUCCAUCCAACAGGAAGUCAUGCAGCACGAUGGCGACGAAGCUGUCAAUCCCGGCGCUUUCUGGCUCUCCAACGUGCAUGAAAUGCUAUCAUUCGUCUUUUUGGCAGAGGACUGGUACGAGGCGCAAAAGACAGACAACUUUGAGUACGACCGCCUGCUAGAAAUCGUCAAGCACGAUCUCGAGAGCUUGGAGUUUAACAUUUACCACACAUGGAUGAAGGUGCUGAAGAAGAAGCUGCACAAGAUGAUCGUGCCCGCUAUCAUCGAGUCGCAAUCACUGCCCGGCUUCGUGACCAACGAGAACAACCGCUUCCUCGGCAAACUGUUGCAGUCAUCCAACACACCUGCAUACAGCAUGGACAACCUUCUCAGCCUCCUCAACAAUGUGUUCAAGGCUAUGAAGGCAUUCUACUUGGAAGACAGUAUCAUCACCCAAACCGUCACGGAGCUUCUUCGACUUGUGGGCGUGACUGCAUUCAACGACCUGCUCAUGAGGAGAAACUUCCUCUCGUGGAAGCGCGGCUUGCAGAUCAACUACAACAUCACCAGGAUAGAAGAAUGGUGCAAGAGUCACGAUAUGCCUGAAGGCACUUUGCAGCUUGAGCAUUUGAUGCAAGCCACCAAGCUGCUGCAGCUGAAGAAGGCUACCCUGAAUGACAUCGAGAUCAUUCAGGAUAUCUGCUGGAUGCUCUCACCCAACCAGAUUCAGAAGCUGCUCAACCAAUAUCUUGUUGCCGACUAUGAACAGCCCAUCAACGGCGAGAUUAUGAAAGCUGUCGCCUCGCGCGUGACAGAUCCUAAAUCCGAUGUUCUCCUCUUACAAGCUGUCGACAUGGAAGACUCCGGGCCCUAUGAAAUUGCAGAACCUCGUGUCAUCACCGCUCUGGAGACCUAUACGCCUAGUUGGCUACAGACACCUCGCCUCAAGCGCCUCGCAGAAAUCGUCUCUGCGCAAGCCGUCAUGCAACAGCAACUCGAUGCCAACGCCAUGGGUAAAGUCUUGGAAGAGGAUGGCAUGGAUCUGCAUGAGGGUCAAUGGCCUGUACCGAAUGGACAUCUAGGCAAUGGGCAUGGAAUGAAUGGUCGAGCCACUGGAUUGGGAGUACAAUAUCCUGAUGACCAGGAUGGCAUGAGUGAUGAUGGCGCGGAUUACAGAUAGGAUCUGGAUUCUGAAGAGGACCUCUUAAUAGAGCCGUCAGAUGAGGAACUUGCUGCGUAUCAUCGUACUUCUGCUGAUGCAUGUCAGUUGAAGCGUUUGAGGGAUGGGACAGUUGAGCUGUACUGAGACAUGGAAUGAGUGUGCUGGGAGCAGAUUGCGAAGUGGACUUGGGAAGUUCGCCUCAAAAUGAUGUUCGAUUAUGCUUAUCGUGCAGAAAAGGUCUUUGGGCUUUCAACAACAUUAUCAUCAUCAUCAUCAUCAUAGCGACUGGUACGUUUUUCCAGUCUUCGCAACGAAGCAUGGCAUUUGCUUCUGAGGGGCGGAGAUGGAUGGAUGGAUGGUUGGUCAUAAGAAUAGUGUAUUACUUCUUGUGUGUGUGCGUGAAUCUCUCUUCAAAAC